AAAAAAUAGAGUCCACUCUUUUAUAUCUAAUAUAUCUGCAUUCCAGAUAUUUCUCUCUUGUUUUCUCGCGAGCCAAACGACCCACCUUCACCGAGAGCUUAGACUUGUCUGAUUUUAGGGUUUCUUUCCAAUUUAUUCUCUUCAUUGCCAAACCCUAAUCCUCGGAUCAGGUCUGAGCAUUGUGGUUGCUAGGCUUCUUUGAUCAGCCAAGUUUCAUGUCUGAGCUCGAAACCCAGAUUCCUACUACUUUUGAUCCGUUUGCUGAUGCAAAUGCUGAGGACUCGGGUGCUGGUGCAAAAGAGUAUGUGCAUAUUCGUAUACAGCAACGGAAUGGUAGAAAGAGCUUGACAACUGUGCAGGGAUUAAAGAAGGAAUUCAGCUACAACAAGAUACUCAAGGAUCUCAAGAAGGAAUUCUGCUGCAAUGGUACAGUGGUGCAGGACCCUGAAUUAGGGCAGGUUAUUCAGCUUCAAGGUGAUCAGCGGAAGAACGUCUCUACGUUCCUUGUUCAGGCUGGCAUUGUGAAGAAGGAGAACAUCAAAAUUCAUGGUUUCUGAGCUGCAUGGUGCAAACCCCUCUUUUGUUGGCAUAUCAUCUGUUGGAAAUUGAGCAUAUGUUUUAAAGUUGUUAAAAUCUAAGUUAUGUUGGUUUGAUAAGACGCAUAUAUAAUUCUGUUUUUGUUGUUUCUUUUUAAGCUUUCUGGAUUCUAUGUUGUUUGAUAAUGGGAUGUGCGACUCUAUACCCUUCCAUUCCAAAUGAUUACUGUUUAUCAGAAGUUGAAUUGUGAGAAUAUAUUAUCUGUUCCUAGUUGUGGAUAA